AUGGUUUCCAGAGCAUAUAAGUUGGAUAAUCAGAAUGAAGCUGGCUGCAGCUUCUUCUUUGAAGAAUCACCAAACCUCGGAUACUCAUCAUGGGAUCAACAAUUUGAAUGUGGAGAGGGUUUCAACUUUGGUCUAUAUCCUCUACUCGAAUACUCCGAAUCGCUUCCAUUGUUUCAUCAUCAUCAUCAUACGAUGACGAAUCAUAUCGCGCCACAUGUCGAGCUCAACGAUUUCGAAGAAAUCGCAGACGAUUUAGGGUUAUGGGAUUUCGACCAACCACCACCAUUGAUGCACAACAAUAUUCUUCAAGAUCAGAACCCUAAUCCUCCUACAACGAUGAUCGUGCAAGAAAACGACACUAAUCAUGCGAUAAUCGAUCAUCAUCAAGAAAAUGAUGACAUCAUCGUUAAUCCUCCUCCUACCACCGGAUCAAUGUACGGUUCGUCCACUAAUAAUCCACCACCACAACAAAAUUUGGAUGAACUAAUACUCCCGAGCAAUUCGAGUAGUAUCAAUAUGGAUGCAAGAAGAAACGGAGCGACGAGGUACAAAUCUUCGUCGUUGAAGUUGGAAGAGAUAAAAAAGCACUUCCACAUCCCCAUAACGAAAGCUGCAAAAGAACUGAACGUGGGGUUGACCGUACUCAAGAAACGGUGUCGAGAACUCAACAUCACUCGUUGGCCUCACCGCAAGAUCAAGAGCUUGAAGUGCCUUAUCCGUAACGUUAGGGAAUUGGGGUUGACUAGUGAGAUAGAAAUGCUGGAAGAACACAAGAGAAUGGUGGAGAUGUUACCAGAAAUGGAGUUGACUGAGAGAACAAAGAAAUUAAGACAAGCUUGUUUCAAGGCCAACUACAAGAAGAGAAGGUCCCUUCUUCACCAACAAGCUACUGCUCUUGCUUAAAUUAAAUAAUAAUUCAAUUAUUUAAUUAUUUUUAAUUAAUUUAUUAUUAGUCUUUGAUUAAUUCAUUUUUUUGGGGAUUUUUUUAUUUAUUAAUUGUUUGUUAUAACAAUAGGUGUUAUGUUGUUUGAUAU